AUUAUUUUAUUAUUUCCCUUCCCAUUUAAUAGUAAUAAAUAUGUAGGGCAUUAGUUUUCAGAUAUUUUUUUAAUAAAGGUUAGAUUUUUUCAGAUUAUAUAGUAUUACGUUAUAUUAAAUGGGGGGCUAAAGGGUGGGCGUGGACCGCUUGUGAUUCGAUUCAUUUUUCAGUGGAAAAAAGAAAAGAAUCGAUAAAAAAAGGUGAACGGAAAGCUUCAACGUCCGGCUCUGCAUCACCCCUACAGUCCAGUAACUCUCUCUCUCUCUCUCUCCAUAGUUUCACAUAGAUGUGCUGACAUGUUUUUUUGCUCUGAUGUAUUUUCGAAGGAACCUGAUAAGUUGACUAGUCAUUGUGUCCGUUUCUUCAAUUUCUUUUUUCCAAUGGUGUAUUGUUGAACUCUGCAGCUAUGUGUUUUGUUCUCAGGUCUGGAAAUAGCAGAUUGCAGAAUUUUAAGUUUUUGUUUUUGUUUUUGUUUUUGUUUUUUGUUUUUUUAAAUUUUGGUAAAUUGGAGAAUUGGAAGGCAGCUGAGGAUAUUUGUCAGAUGUAUGACCGGUAUAACAAUGUUUGGCUUCUGACAGUUUCAAAAUUAACCUCAUUUUUACAUGUCUUGGUAGCAAUUUCAUGGUGGUGCUGAGACCUAGUUUUUGGCGUUGAUGGGUUGGAAUGUGAGAAAUAAGGAGAUGAUUUUUGAAUUUGAGGUCGAUUAACGAACUGUUGAUGGGUCUGUGCAAUUCGUACGUAGAGAGAAGACGCAAAAUUUGAUUUUUGUGGUUGAUUUUAGUAUAAUUAGAUGGAUAUUAAGUUUUGUUCCUAGUAAUAGUUUUGUUAGCAGAUGGUAAAAUUGAAGUGAGGUCAAGAAGUUGUUGGAUGGGGUUGACAGAGUAAGGUAGUCAGGGACGCACAUAGAACAUUGGUUUUCCAUUCUAGUGUGUUAGUUCAUUGAUGAACUGAGCUUCCAAUAUUGUCCUUGAGUAGAGUGUAAAUGGUAGACAAAAGUGGAUGAUGGUUCUUUUGUUGGGUUGUUUAUAUUAUUGAUGAUAUGCCCAUCCCUUUUCUCGAUCGCUAUCACCGUCCUUGGCUUUCACCAUACUUGGCCUUCUAUUGUAUCAUUUCAGAAAAAAGCUCUUAUCACUUGCCUCCUUGAACAAAGAGUUUCUGGUUUAAUGGGAGGGUAUCAUUUGCUCUCUUUGUUUGCCAAAUAGGUCAAAGAAGAAGGAGCUUCUGGGCAUGCGAAGGGUUUUAUCAACAUUUCUACAGCAUCCUUUGUUCUCUCAUAAUUCUUGAGAACAAUUGGGAGAGUUGCUUUCUUUAAGGAACUGAGACAAUUUGGGCAUUAUGCAUGUCUGGUCCUGUGGCCAUUGUUGAUGCUGUGGGGGCACUAUCUUUGUCAGACAGGGCAAGAUCUCUAGAUGCAGUUUCCCUUAAUGAAAAAGACCACCCAAGCGUGUUGACGAAUGGGGAAGUUUCUGGUACCUCUCCUGAAACUGUGGGUUUUAGAGUUGGAGAGCUCGUACUGUCAAAUGGGGAAUAUUAUUCUGGGUCCCUUCUUGGCAACAAGCCUGAGGGUUCGGGGAAGUAUGCUUGGUCGGACGGUUGCAAAUAUGAGGGUGAAUGGAGACGGGGGAUGAGGAGUGGACUUGGCAAACUUCAAUGGCCUUCUGGAGCAGUUUACGAGGGAGAAUUUUCAGGUGGUUAUAUGCAUGGGACAGGGACAUAUAUUGGGCCUGAUAAUAUGACAUAUAAGGGACGGUGGAGGUUGAAUCUUAAGCAUGGGUUGGGAUAUCAAGUUUAUCCUAAUGGGGAUGUCUUUGAAGGAGCUUGGAUCCUGGGAACCCCAGAAGGGCCUGGUAAGUAUACCUGGCCCAAUGGAAAUGUCUAUCUGGGUAAUAUGAAAGGAGGAAAAAUGUCAGGGACAGGAACUCUUACUUGGACAAAUGGAGACUCAUAUGAAGGAAGCUGGUUAAAUGGCAUGAUUCAUGGAUUUGGAGUCUAUACAUGGAGUGAUGGCGGCUGCUAUGUUGGAACUUGGACGCGCGGUUUAAAGGACGGAAAAGGAGCAUUUUAUCCGAAGGACAGCAGGUUUCCAGCUGUACAGGAGGUUUACCUUAACGCUCUCAGAAAGAGAGGGCUUCUGCCAGAUUUAAGAAAGCAGAAGCAAGUUUCUCAUCUUCAUCAUGCUUCUUCAAAUGAUAUGGGAAAUGUCAAAAUUGGUAGGAACCAGGGAUCUCAUCGUUAUUCAUCUGAUAAGCUUUCCAAGGGAAACCUGUUGGAGCAGUCUCGGACCACUAAUCUGUCUUUAGAAAGGCGCUGGAGUAUGGAGGUUUCAAUUGAAAAGGUUAUUGGACAUGAUUUAUCCAUGGGUUUGUCUGAGACAGUUUCGAAAGGUGGAGAAAAUGAGGGCAUAAGAAAUGCUCCGAUUCUCGAACGAGAAUAUAUGCAAGGUGUUUUAAUCAGUGAGGUUGUUCUAAAUAGUUUUUCAACACCCAAAAGAGCAAAAAGGCGGCAAAAGAAACUUGCAAAGGAGGUACAGAGGCCUGGUGAAGCAAUUAUUAAAGGUCACAGGAGUUACGACUUAAUGCUCAGUUUGCAGCUUGGAAUCAGAUACACUGUUGGGAAAAUUACUCCUAUCCAAAGGCGAGAAGUACGCAAUUCGGAUUUUGGCCCACAAGCAAGCUUUUGGAUGAAUUUCCCGAAAGAAGGGUCACAAUUGACGCCACCCCAUCAUUCAGAGGAUUUUAAGUGGAAAGACUAUUGUCCAAUGGUUUUCAGGAACUUGAGGGAAUUGUUUAAAAUUGAUGCUGCGGAUUACAUGAUGUCCAUUUGUGGCAAUGAUACUUUAAGGGAACUUUCAUCUUCAGGAAAAAGUGGUAGUGUUUUUUUCCUGUCACAGGAUGAUCGUUUCAUGAUUAAAACACUCAGAAAAUCUGAAGUAAAGGUUCUUCUGCAAAUGCUUCCAAACUAUCACCAUCAUGUGCAGACGUACGAUAAUACACUCAUAACUAAGUUUUUUGGUCUCCACAGGAUCAAACCCUACGGUGGCCAAAAGUUUCGCUUUGUGGUAAUGGGAAAUAUGUUCUGUACGGAAUUAAGGAUCCAUCGCAGAUUUGAUUUGAAGGGUUCCUCUCUAGGGCGUUCAGCUGACAAGGUUGAAAUUGAUGAGAAUACAACACUCAAAGAUCUGGAUCUGAACUAUUCCUUUUAUUUGGAACCUACAUGGCGGGAGGCUCUGCUAAAGCAGAUUGAAACUGAUCGAAAAUUUUUGGAAGCUCAGCACAUUAUGGAUUACAGCCUUCUGUUGGGUGUUCAUUAUCGAGCUCCUCCACACCUGAGGUCUCGUAUGUCCUCUAAUCAUAGCAUAACAGCGGAUGGAUUGAGAAUUGUUGCAGAAGAAGAAUCUAUGGACGAUGAUAUCUCAAACUAUCCGCAAGGUCUUGUUUUGGUCCCUCGUGGAACUGAUGACGGUACUGUUGUUGUGGGCCCUCAUGUCAGAGGUGGCCGAUUGAGGGCUGCAUCUGCUACUGGUGAUGAGGAAGUGGAUCUCCUUCUUCCUGGAACAGCCAGACUCCAGAUCCAGCUUGGAGUGAACAUGCCAGCUAGAGCAGAGCAUGUUCCAGGAACAGAAAAAAAAGAGAUGUUUCAUGAAGUAUAUGACGUUGUACUCUACGUUGGUAUCAUCGACAUAUUGCAGGAUUACAACAUAAGCAAGAAGAUCGAGCACGCAUACAAGUCAAUUCAGUACGAUUCAGUGUCAAUAUCCGCAGUGGAUCCUACAUUCUACUCCGAGCGCUUCUUAGAAUUUAUUCAGAAGGUGUUCCCUCCAAAUGUUGCUGCUAGUUAGAAAGCCCCUGCUGUUGUAUGUUCUAUAAAAUAUGAGAGCCUUUCUUUUAAACUCUGAUAAUCGGAUCUUUGAGUCGGCUUUCACACACAUCAACUAUUGUUAGCUCGCCUUUUUGUAUCAUUUUCUAAUGUUAUUGUCCAGUUUUUUUGCCGACUUCGGUGCACGGUUUUUAACAAGAUUUGUUGUGUUCA